ACAGAGUGUUAUAUCCUAGCUAUAAAUACCUAUGCAACAGUGAUUAAUCAUUAGUCCAUAAGUUUUAGAUUAUUUGAUUUCAGUUGAAAACGCGUUUAAGUAGCUAUCUUGUCAAAGUGCUUGAGAUACAUAUGAUUUUCACAUUUGUAAUAAUAUAUUUCUUUGGUGUGGUUGUCAAUUGUUUUGUGAGUGAUGUUUGUGCAUGUGAUUACUAAUAAUCUGGAAUGCUUAGUUGCUUGUGUUGCAUGAAUAUAAACCUAACUUAUUUUCUAAAUUAACAUCACAAUUGGGAGUGUCGUGGUCCUGCAUGAUUAAUUUUGUGGAUGGUAUCUCUUAAAUAAAAAUGGGGUUCCAAUGCUUCCUGUGCAAAUUAUCUUUUGAUACCGUGAAAUUAUUGAAGGACCACUUAUUAGAUAAGAGAAUUCACCAAAUCUACAUGAAUAGUGCAUUUACAUGUGUCGAUUGUAAACGGGAUUACACAUCAUCAAGUUCAUUCACCAAACAUUUGAUAAGAGAUCAUCCGGGACAAGAUUCUCAGCAAUCACAUUUUCAAACGGCAAACCUCAGAGAUGACUCUCAACCUACUGAAGCUGAAUGUUCAGCCAAUGUUAGUAUGCAAUCUUCCUCUGAAAGUUCCAGCAAUGCUCCAGAUGCUGAUAACAACUUGGAAAAUCAGGAAUCGCAAAACUUUUGGAGUUCUAUUCAAGCUGAAAUGGAUUCUAUGGAAGCACUGACCCCAUUGCAAGAAAUUGCACUACUUUUUGUGAGUUCUUUAAACAGCCUUCCAACAUUCAAUCGAGAAAUGGUUUUCCAAUUGGUUAAUCAAAUACAAGAUGAUCUGCUUACUCCGGUAGCACAUGCGAUAUUUGACAAGGUUGAAAUGUACAUUCCCAGGGAGGAGAAAAAAACUGUUCUCAACUCUAUUUUGGAAAUAACCAGUGUUUUCGAACCGUGUUCCACUGAAUACAAAUUUUUAAAAAUAUUGAAAGCUCGCGAAUGUUUCAAAGAUCCCUCAGCUAACAUAUAUGAACUGAAUCUAGAACCACAACCUUCUGAAAUUGAUUCAACAGUGCAACUCAAAGAAAUGAAACGAGGAGGAGUGUAUAUUGGCCUGCGCAAUUUAUUCUCGAAACUGUUUUCAAAUGAAUCAAACCUUAAGGCUGUCUUACGACACAUACAGGAAAUCAACAAUUCAUCAUCCGACUUGAAGGAUAACUUCCUGAAAGGUUUUUUUUGGCAAAAAAAAAUUGAGGAUCGCCCGUUAGAAGACAUAUGUGUACCGUACAUGGUGUAUAGCGAUGGAUUUGAAAUCAACAACCCGCUGGGUUCUAAAGCGGGCAAACAAGCACUGAAUGGAUACUACUUAUCGUUUCCGGCUUUACCAAGGCAUGUUGUCGGUUUAAUUGAAAAUACUUUCUUAGUGAUGUUUGGAUAUUCUGCUAUUGAAAAAUCGCUCUCGAAUGAGGAAAUUUUGGCUCCAUUGAUCGAGGAAAUUAUUGGAUUAGAACGUGAUGGAAUGGAAUUCCAAAUCGAUGGGAAACCUACGAAGAUAUUUUUCCUGUUUGGUGGACUGCGUGGUGACAAUUUGGGCUUGAAUAAAAUACUCGACUACAGCAGCUCAUUUGUAGCGAAUUAUCCGUGUCGAACCUGCUUAAUGCAUCUAGAUACAAUGCGAACAUCAGUUAGAGAUGACCCAACUCUUUAUCGCAAUGAAGACAACUACAACGAAUGUUUGCAGAAAGAGUUUUCUGCAUCUGGCGUGCACUGUGAUUCUGUGUUUAAUUCGAUACCCAAUUUCCAUAUAACGGAGUUGAAGAAUGUAGAUGCAAUGCACGAUUUCUACGAGGGUUAUGUCCACGAUGCCUUGACUGCUUGUUUUCUUAAAUUCAUCGAAGAUGGCCACAUAACAAUCGAGCAACUUAAUCAUCGCAUUAAAUGUUAUGACUACGAAUACAACGAUCGAAGAAACAAGCCGGAGCCGAUCGCAACGGAACACAUUCGAGCCAGGAAGUUGAAAACGUCUUCAGGGCAAAUGAAAACACUCGUUGAGAAUAUUGCAUUGAUGAUUGGGGACAUCAUUCCGAAUACCAGAGAAUGGGAGUUUUUGUUGGACGUAGUUAAAAUAGGAGAUCUUAUUAUGAGUCCAGUUUUUACCGCCGAAUCACUGGAAAAUCUUCGUACCGCAAUUGCAAAUAAUCUCACCGAAUAUUUGGAAAUAUUCGAUUGCCAUCUUAAACCUAAGGGUCAUUUUUUGACCCACUAUCCUGUAUCGAUUGAAAAUUUUGGACCUGCUAAAUACACUGCUUGUUUUCUUCUAGAAGCUCGCCACCGAAUUUAUAAAAAAAUUGCUAACUCAACAGCUUGCCGCAUAAACAUUGCACUCACUAUUGCUAUCAAGGAUCAAUUGCAACUUGCUUACAAUUUAAUGACAAAUAAAAACUUUUUUGAACCAGAUGUCCUGAAACCGGGAAAAGCUGUGCUAUGUUCGGUUGAAGAUCUACCAAAUGUACCAAAUCUGAAUUUGCCGGAAAAUAUUGUGUUAAGAUGCGAUUAUGUUAAACUUGGCAGUAAACGUAUUAAAACUGGAACGGUUUUUGCCGAUCAUUCGAACAAUAGCUAUGUAUUUCGUCAAGUACAACAUAUUCUUAAUUUUGAUAAAAAAUUUAUAUUUGUUUGCAAACAAUUUGAUAAGUUUACCUAUAAUUCACACUUUGAUGGAUAUAUGAUUGAUGAUAAUGUUUUUGAACUUGUUUGCUUUGAGUAUGAGAAUCAAAAUAUUGUUCCUAAUCGAUUUCACACUUUAGCAAGUGGAGAAAAAAUAAUAAGAAUAAAAUUGUAAUUAAAUUCAUUGUAUUUUAAAUAAAAUGUAUCCUUAAUCUGGUAAUUGA